UCCUUUUUAAGGCUUUUUGGGGUGUCAAUGAAAAAUGGCUUCCUUCGUAAUCAUUGAUAUUUUUACACCAACACAUACACGUUUCAACGAUUCAAAAAUAAAUCUAAUAAAAUAACGGAUAUUUACCUUACACACGAUUGCAGAAUUUUGAUCGAUUGAUGCGAAGAUUACGGAGAGCUCAUAACACAUAACUUUUUACAAUUUAUAUGCAUAAUUAGCAACUUCUGCAUCCUAGAAGACCGACGACCGUUCACUGCUUCUUUUUAUUCUUCUUCACACCAUCUUGCACUCCACUUUCAGUCAAACAUUUUGUUAUCACUUUUUUACCUAAAUUUCACUGUGGACGAUUGUGUAAAUUUUAUCACUUCUCUAUAUUUACCUAAUCUUUGAAUUAAAUGGGUUGUGACAACAUUUUUCGCACUAAUUCUGACGAUUUGCUUGCCAAAAGUCCGAACACCGAAUCAGAAAUUAAUUUUGUUUUCGAUAUUGUACACACGCAAUCUGGUUUCGUAUGUGUUCACCAAAACAUAAACAGUCAUUGAUCAUCAUUGACAGAGAUGCCAGAUUAUCUGAAGACAAUGCUGAAUAAAAUGUUAAAAACAUUCAUUAUAAUUAAUUGCUUAGCCUUUAAAUGUAUUCAGACUAUUCAUUUUAAACUAUCCUAUGCUGAAAAUAUUUUUAAUUUUCAAAACUGAAGAGAAAAAAACUACUUUUUGUGUGGCAACUCCAUGUAAUUUGACCAAUUGGCAACCCUGUCUGAUGUUUACUCCGGCCGCAAAAAGUGUCAACAAAAACAAACAGAAGCAAUAUUUUCAUCAUGCCGAGACCAUCCCGGAAGAGGAAAGCUGCCGUUUUGUCCUGGUUUUCUAGGAAAACUCGACCAAGAAACAGCGAAGCGAAUACAGAACCAGAUCAACUUCGUUCUGGUUCAAUUUCUACGGGCCACGACAGAGAGACAGAGCUGUUGGAAAUCGUUCAACCGGAAGAUUCAAUUGAAGGUGAGUUAUCAAUGCAUUAUAAACUAGUAUCAACUAGUAUUGUAUUCUCGUAUGCAUUUUUAGACUGCCGUUGUGAAUUCGCAUUCGGUCGGUUUGCAUCGGAUAGCACGGAAGAUGUCACCCUGCCAUACAUUCAGCGCCCCACGGAAGUCGAAGAGAGUUGUGAACUGACUGUAAAUGAACACAGUCUGGCAGAAUCUUACAUAAUGGACAUCGAGGACCUAGCGCUGCCAGAGAUCCCGUUACUGGAAAAUGCGUUAGAAUCGAUUUUCCCCACUAUUUCCGAAAAUGAUAUUUUUCCGUGGGAAACCAACGCACACGGAUUCGAAUUAGCAGCCGCCAUACAUUGCACACCGGAACCACCGAUCCGCUAUUGCGACGAGGAACAACUACCGGAAUUCCCAACAACACACGACAGGUGUGAAUCAUCUUGCGUGGGCCAAAUGUUCGCAGAUACUACACCACCUUCACCGAUGUUCCGUAACAACGACGAUAAGAUAGAAGACAUUCCUGAACUAGAUUUGUCAGCGGCGGGCUCGAGAAUCAUGAAUAGUGCUCAGUUAGGUGAUUUGAGUCGCAGUGCUAUCAGAAUGAGUCCAGAGUAUGCAAGUGGCGAAAUUGACAACCCAGUAUCACCAGCGCCCAUAGUGCGGUUUCCUAGCGACGAGUUGCUUGAAAGUCCGAUCAGUUUAGUACACUCUGAAGUCUCCAGUAAGCGGAAUGGUAAAAUAGUUGUUAUAAUACUCAAGUAUAUUGGUUUUCAAAUUAGUCCAAUUCUUAUUUUAGACGGCCAGCUUGAAAAUCGUGAUAUUCAUCGUAAUAACAAACGGCUUGGCAGCAAUUUGACUCGAUCGAAGACAACAAUCAUUUCAAUCCCAGGACUACCACCCGGAGGGGUCACCCCGUUGGUCCUGGACUGUUACUGCACAGCGUGUAUCAAAAACGCUACAAUAGCCCCGCAACGAGAGAUACAAGUACCUAAAGUUAGGACACCCGUUUCACUAGAACACAAAACCGAAUCGACAGAAGGAAAGAUGAUGCAGAUUUAUGCCACAUUCGAUGAACUUCAAUUUCCCGCGGCAAACCGUCGCUCGGAAUGUUUCGUGGGGACUGAUGCCAAAGAAUCCAUCCCAAUCAACCCAUCAGCAUCUCGCAGGUACACGUUCAGUAUGAUGCAUAUAUCUGUACAUUCAUUUUUUAUGUUUGUCUCAAGGAAUGGCUUUUGAAAAUACAACUUAGAAAUUAAAAAAUAAACUAGGAGUAGACUAUGCAACUUUGUACAAAUCUGAAUAAAGUUUGAACACAGACAAACAGACGUAACACCUAGAACAAUUUUCGUGAAAAUCCAUCGCCCAGCUCACAUUACCAGGUUUGGGACAAGAUAUUGGUUAUCAUGGAAAAAUUAGCGUCUAAGGCAGAGUUCCUGUGCGAGAACAAAACAAGUAACUUGUAGGUAUCAAUGUGUAAAUUGUAGUGUAUGUUUGAAUCCAUAAGACCUUCGCCACAAAUUUCGGCUAUUGAAAGCACUCAAGUUAAGUGUUUGGACAUCUACACUACUCCCACUGAAUGAAGAACAUUUUCUGUUAGGGAACGUCCACAAAUUAAGCCACGCAAAAAUUGACCAUUUAUGGCCGCCAUUGCUCUGUUGUUAGUAAGAUGCAAAUCAAGAUGCAAAUCUUAACUCUACUUCAUAUUAUAUUGACUAGAAAUUUGAUCGUUCAUUUGCUCACUUGAAGUGCAAAAUCGACUAAAGUUUCAGCUACGUCAGUGCAGUACAUAUGGAUAUUUGCUAGUGUGGGUCAUCGGAAGCGUUUUCUUAGAUCAAAGCUUUUUUGGUUCCGUUUCGGGUCUUGAGUAUCUGUGCAAAAUUUGAGCACGAUCGGUUGCGUCUACACUUUGCGCAUUGCAAUUGAAAUUUGUAUGGGAUUUUGUAUGGGAAAACAUACUUUUUUGCAUUUUAGCCAUAAGUUGAAAAAGUUUGUCUGAAACUUUUUAACCGAUACUGUAAAUUGAUAGCCUAGGAUGUUCUGAAGAACUUUGUUGAAGACCGCAAAGCGAUCCGAUGCAUGUGUUUAUGUUUUAACAUGUAAAGGAAUAACAAUAGCAACAAAAUCAUGAUGUUUCACCAAGCAAUGCCAACGCUAUAACUUUUUUCAUAAGCAUCAGAUCACUUCGCGGUCUUCGACAAAGUUUUUCAGGACACCUUAGGCUAUGUUUUCACUUUAACGGUUACUCGGUUUUAGAAAAAUUCGAGCUUGUUAUGAGAGAAAUGCAAAAAAGUGUGUUUUCCCAUGUAAAACCCCAUACAAACUUCAAUCGCGAUGCGCAAAACGUAGACAUAAGUGAUCGUGCCCAAAUUUUGCACACUUAUUUGGGUCCUGAAAUGGUAUCAAAAAAGCUUUGAUCUGAUGGGAUACCAUUGAAUUUUUCACUUUUCCAUAUAAACGAUGACCCACUCUAAUAUUUGCAUCUUCAAAAUCGUGAGGCAAAUUGUUAGAAAGAGAGGGAGGAUAGGAAAACUUACACGUCGUCCCGUGCGGCCUUAUGACACACUUUUUGUAUGAUGUAUGAUGUAUGCCCUUUGACAUUUUUGUAUGAGUCGUCCUGCAUUGCUGAAUGUCCCUCAAUGCGAGACGUAAUUUAUGGACAUUCCCUUACUGUAGUGCCUCAAAAAAUUGUUCAUAGUCCAGAUGUUCUUCGAUCAAUUUCAAAUAUGCUACCACAACGGCCGAAUUAAACCUAACUGACUGACUGACUUGAAACUUACCCAGCCAACGGAAGUCUGCCUCAUUUAUUCGCUUUUCAAUAAUACAUGGUGGAAUCGGUUAUCGCGUCUACUACAUAAUCACAUAUUUUGAUAUGCAUAAACAUAUGAUUCGCUUUAAUUGUUUGCUACUUUUGCCUCGAAAGGUAAGUCAACAAAUACUAUUAACCUUUUUUUAGGGCAGAAAAUUUGUUUUGCCGGCUCUGUAAAUACAAUGUUGGAAAGAGAAUUGAUACAAUGAGCCGAGGGUCCUACCGGAGACGAGUACACAUUACUGCGUUGAUGUGUAAUGAAGGCUAUAAAUGGCACGAUACAUAUAUGGAGAUGUUUACGGGCGAGGCACCAGGAUUUUGGACCAAAAAAACAUCGAACAUUUUUUUGGUCCAAAAUCCAAUCAUUGGCAAGGAGCAGAAAAUCUCAAGCCAAUCCAAAUUCAAAGCGACGGUCAAAACAUAUCCAAAAAGAAAAAGAAACUGAUUAUGGCGAGGAAGCUGUAGAGGCAGCAGAAAAUGCAGCACUUGAGCAGUCAGUUGUUGAUGUAGUGUUCAUGCGCCUUAAGUAUAAGGUUAUAUAUACAUAUAUAAACGUGAUUUGCGAGUCUAACGCGAUUUACGGUUUCUUUCAAUACAGAUGACGGAUGUUACGAAGCAAAAACUUACCAACAACCUGACAAUCACGGAGAUGGAGGAGAUGGCAAAAGGACGCAUUUUAUAACGAUUUAUUCCUGAACUUAUUAACGCUCGGGAUAGCACUAAAUGGAAAAAGUGUGAAACAUUAGUUCAAACAACCCACACAUGGAAUUUCUUAAAGUCAAAUCGUGCUGUGGUGGGAUUGGUGUUACGCGUUCUGAAGGAAGAACAAUCUUUGGAUUUUAAAGAAGGUCAAAUGUUCGUCGAUUCCUGUCAUCAAUUCCUUUGCUGCGUUCCUGAUGCUGUCUCUACAGAUGGAGAUACGAUACUGUUAAUUAAGAAAAAAGAUUCAACAGGAAAUAUCAAACAGCAAGCAUCAACUGCAAGAGGCGUUCUAGGUUGCAAGUUGAAAGACGGAAAACUCAUCUUGGAUCGAAACACGAACCUCGAAAUUCAAGCGGCAAUGCAUAUCUGCUUAAGUGCAAAAUGUCUCUUAUUUUUUAUGUUGGGUACGGAUGUAACGAACUAUCUCUUUACAAUCGUUGACCGAGAGGAAGCAUUAUUUUCUGGUAAAAUUGAACCCAAAUUGAAUACGUUUUUUGAAGAAUAUUUUUUGAAAAAAGUGAUGGAAAAACGAAUUUCCGUUAAGCAGUGAAACCGAAAGUAGAGUAGAUAAGACCUGAAAAGUAAAACGAGAAAAAAUAUAUUUGUUCUACAAUGUGCUAAACGUCUUGGUAUAUUAAAAAUAUUGAUGUAUAAUGCUUAUUUGUUUUUUAUCAAAUCUACAAAUACAUUUAAAAAUGAAGUUGUGCCUAUCUGACUUAUAUUCAUAGGCUCGGAAACUACUGAACCAAUCGGGGUGAAAAUGUGUAAGUGACGGUUUCUGGGGCCCGGGUAAGAUUCUUAGCAUGGUGUGGGACCCCUCCCAUUUCUGUAAAUGGAGGCUCCCAUAAAAAUGAAUUCGCAGAAGAGUUUAUUAUAGAGCGGUAUGUCAAAAGGCGUAGUAGGCUAAGAUUACUGGUCCCCAAAUUGAUCUCUUUUGGGCUGACUAGUUGUCUUAUCCUG